AUGGCCAAGAGUCCUCGAGGCAACAAGCAGAGAGCAGCAGUAGCAGCAGCAGGCUCAGACGAGAAAGCCGCGUCCUCCAGCUUCCUGGCCGAGCUUGACCACGCACUGGAGAGCCGGCCAGUCAGUUGGUUACAGGCCGUGGAGUCUCUCAGUCAGAAUCCAUCAACCGAACCGCCAGGUCACGGGAUCACCAAGUCGAUCGAACAGACAACCAUUCACCACAACACAGAUCAGAAAGAUAACAACACAGCGGGAUGUGACGAAAGCAACACCGCCUAUGACAAGGAUAUCUCUGAUUUCGAAAGCAUUGGUGCCAGCAGUCAAGAAGAUGUCUCAGUAGACAAGAGAUCUCGCACUGAGGCGAUUGACUUGCUCCGCGCGAGAACAGCCACUCGUUCGACUCCCACUUCAAGCCCGACCCCGACGCCUUCGACACCUGUUGUGACGGUGGUUGAUACUACACCAGCCAACGCAGUUGAUUCAUCUCAUCUUCCUCCUACCUCCUCUUCAACCGAGAACCCAGCUUUUGAGCAGUCAGCCAGCCUGUCUGUUGCAUCAUCUCCCAAGGUUCGACCUUCUAAACAGUAA